AGAUGGCAUGAUGGGGUGUACUAUUGCUUUGUAUUUCGAAGGGUAGUCAGAGGUUGGUAGUUUGUAACGACUUUCGGGUAGCAAUAGUGACAGAAUAAACAAUGAGUGAAAUAAAAUUUACAAAAUAGUUAAAUGAUCAUUAAUGUGUUGAAAAUGUGUGUUUCAUAUAUUUUAUAAUCCUUUAUUUAAUUUUUUAUCGUAAUGAAAAAUAAUUUAUUUUAAAUCAAAUUAUGGAAAAGGGUAGUUGAAUUGUAGAUAUCUUUUAUAAAUAAGAAUAUUUUAUUUUUUUAAUAAUUUAUAUUUUAUAAAUAACCAAAAAUGAAGAUUGUUUUUAAUAAAUACAAUUAUUUGUUAUGGUAAUGAUACCCAAAGAAAGCUGACCAUUUGAAAUUAUUUAGAAGCAAGCGAAGUGAUCAAUUAUUUGAUAUUGGGGUCAGUCAAUUAAUUUCUACAAGAUUGAUUUUAGAAUUCAAUCAAAAAUAUACUUUAAUAUCAACGUUCAGGCAUUCGCUACAAAUUGAAUUUUCUAAAAUAAAUUAACUGGCCUAAAAUAAUAAAAUCAUACUCAAGUUAUUUAUCUAGAAUGCGUUCCAGGAUGCAUGAAAGCAGAAAAUUUUUUUAUUGCUUUUAGAGAUUUUUUCUAACUAAAUUUUGAUUACAAAGUAAGUGCUUAAUUCAAUUAAAAUUUUUUUAAUUAUUUUAAAGUAAUUUAGAAAUAAAAUUUGGAGAAGUAAAUACCGUUCUUGCAUGUUUUUUUUGAUACUCAUAUUAUUAAAAUAGUAUUGAUGAAAUCGAUUAGCUGAACAAAAAUGCGGUAUCUAUGUAAAAAUGUAUUUUUACUCAUAUGACAGGGUAAAAUUAAAACGGUGUCUUUGACAGAGGAGUUAUACAAUUGGGUUUCUGGAUGAUGAUCAAUUCGCGAUCAGAAAUCGCAUGUGGUUUCAGCGGGUUGGAGCACCUUUGCACAUUAUCGCAGAACGAACAUCUAAUAGUACCAAUCGAAUUAUUAUUUGCAGUAAAAACCUGUAAGACAUUAUCUUCCCAUUCAUUUUGAAAUACUAUUCAUCAAAUAAUUUUUACACUGGCCUCACGAUAUCAUUAGUUAGUUUUAAGAUGAAUCAUCGCUCGCGAUAUUUCAGCUUAUUGAUUGUUAUGGUUCUUUCGUUAACUAAUAUAUUAUUUACUUUUCUCUUGCUUCAAUCAAAGACAUGCACAUUAACAAAUACGCCUCUAGAAGUCUUAAAACCUGACACUGCUACACAUUGGAAUAAUAAUUUACAACAGCAAGAAGAACUAACAGUUCAAUGUAUGUCACAAAAUUAUGAUUCAUUUGCUGAUGAAAAUGUCCUCAAUCUAAAUAUUCAUCUAGGAAAAUGGGAUAAUCGUCGACUUUAUAAGAGUUUUGAUUCCGUUUUGAUAGGCACUAAAUUUUUGGAAUUAUCUGAAUCAAAUGCAGUCUGUUUAGCGACGCAAUCAUCUUUAGAAAAAAUUUACUCUUUAGUCCAAGUAGCUCAUCAUUGGACUGGGCCUAUAUCAGUUGCUAUAUAUGCAGCUGGUGAUGAAGAAUUUGAAGCUUUACAAAAAUACCUUAUUUUUCUUCGAAAAUGUUACAUGCCUAUUUUUGAGAGAAUUAAUUUUUCUCUUACUGUGCCUAAACAAAAAUCGCCUACUAAACAACCCCAAAAUUUUGAUGUUUUAAAUUAUGACUGCACAAGACCAGAAGCUACACUAUCUAAUCUUGUAAGCCAAAUUUCUGAAGAACAUACAAACUGGCGUUUGAGAAAUGUAUAUCCACAGAACCACAUGCGAAACUUGGCUCGAAAAAAUUGCCAAACAGAUUGGGUAUUUUUGACUGAUAUUGAUAUAAUACCAAGUAUAGGUCUUGCUAGCUCACUUAAUCAAUUUCUUCGUGAUACUGAAAAAUGUGAUAAAUGUGCUUAUGUCGUACCAACAUAUGAAAUAGAUACUCGGGUCAAGUUUCCAUCAAACAAAUCAGAAUUGAUGAGACUAACACGGAAAGGAUUAGCACGACCAUUCCAUUGGAAAGUUUUUAUUCAUAAUCAGUAUGCAACUAAUUUCACCAGAUGGGUGCUAGAUGUUUCACCAGGGUCCAAAGAAUAUGAAAAUAUACUAGCUGGAAAGACUUACAUUAGUCACAACGUCACUAAUUUUGAAUUUCUAUAUGAACCUUUCUAUGUAUCUAAGGACAUCGCACCAGCUCAUGAUGAAAGAUUUUUAGGAUAUGGUUACACUAGAAACACUCAGGUUUAUGAAAUGUUUAUUGCUGGCUAUCAAUUCAAAGUUCUAUCUCCAGUGUUUACUGUUCACUGGGGUUUACAAAGCAGAAGAAAUCGUUCAGUGUGGCGUGAACGACAAAACAUUCUAAAUCGUCGUCAGUUUGAGCAGUUUAAGAAGGAAAUUUAUACAAAAUAUCUUCAUAAAACUUCAAAAUAAAAACAUCAUAUAAACUCUAAUAAAUUUGUAAUGUCUAAAUGAA